AUGCCUGCUUAUUUCUCAUUCUGUUUCUUUCUGCGUCUCUAUGUGUUUUGGGGGACUUUCUUGCCUUGUCUGUGUCUGUAUAUCACUCCCGCUAUUUUCUCAGCCUCCAAUGCUAUUUCUCAAUCUCUCUCUCUUUCGGUAUUUUUCUUUAUCUCUCUGUCUCUCUCCCGCUCAGUUAACACGCACACACACAUCUAUCUAUCUAUCUAUCUAUCUAUCUAUCUAUCUAUCUAUCUAUGUAUCAUCUAUCUACAUAACAAUUUCUUUUUUUCUAUCUAUCUAUCUAUCUAUCUAUCUAUCUAUCUAUCUAUCUGUGUCAAUUCCUUUACUUUCCCCUUUCAUUCAAUAUUUUCUUUUUUCUUUUAUAUGAUCGUUAGAUGUCUUUUUCCUUUUCAAGUCAUUCCACCUUUUUCCUUGCUUUAUUCUUUUAUUUGUUUAUAUUUUGCACGUCUUUAUUUUUUGUUUUCUCACCUUGUCCUUGAUUAUUUUAUUCGUUUCUUAUAUUUCCUUGAUUCUUUAAUUAAAUUUCUUCUGCUUGUUUUAUUUUCUCUUACUUUCUUUCCUUCUUUUUCUUGA